CGUGCUAGAGCGCGGAGCUCGGCGGACUGCUGUGAGAGCGGGCCGCCACCACGGUCGUUUUUAUACCUUCCCGCGCAGACGCCGGCGCUGCCAACGGAAGGGCGGGCGGGGCCUCGCGUGAUUAGAUAGGCGGAGGGAGACGAAGACGUAGUGAGCGGGAUAUUUGGCCUCCAUCUCUAAUCCUGAAGGUUGCGUCUUUCUUCCGCCUAGCACUUUUAAGAUUCCACUGCCAUGAAGGUGAAGAUUAAGUGCUGGAAUGGUGUGGCCACUUGGCUUUGGGUGGCAAAUGAUGAGAACUGCGGCAUCUGCAGAAUGGCAUUUAAUGGCUGCUGUCCAGACUGUAAGGUGCCUGGCGACGACUGCCCGCUGGUGUGGGGCCAGUGCUCGCAUUGUUUCCACAUGCAUUGCAUCCUCAAGUGGCUGCAUGCACAGCAGGCCCAGCAGCACUGCCCCAUGUGCCGCCAGGAGUGGAAGUUCAAGGAGUGAGGGCUUCUGCCCCCUACGCUGCAUCUGGGUUUGGGCCCUCACCCCAGAUGGUGUCCUGAAACCCCGUUGUCCUGCCAGAACCGGCGGCUUUGGUCUCUGAGGGGAUGGGCCCCUGUGGGAACUAUGAUGGGGUUGGAAGAAGGAUGGAGCUGCCUCUGUUUUUCCAUCACAAUGUUGAUGCUUUUAUCUAAUAUAAGUAAAACUUAUUACAUUACUGGAAACUUG